GAACAACCCACACACGCGAAAACGCACACACACGCACGCAGACCGAGCGCACGAUUCCCGAACCGAACCAGUGGUAGUGCUGCUGCUGCUGCUGCUGCUGCUGCUGCCGCUGCUGGUGCUGGUGGCAGUGAAAGAGUUUUCUGUCUUGUAUUACAGUUCGAACAGCUGAGCCGCGACGUUGUGUAUAACACAUACGCGGUGUGUUCUCUUCUCCCAACCCGAACGGGCCGCUCAACUGCCGCAAUCAAAGCGUCAAACCAGUGUACAAGUGUUUUUUAACCGCUCUCUUACUGUGGGACUGGCAAUAAGCCAAGCAACCGCUCGCUCAAGUGUGCUCUUUUUUGUUCCCGUGCACUUCUCUAACAGUUCUCCGAACUCAAACAAACAACAAACAAACGUGUGAAAAUUAGCAGCUCCCUCAAUCAAGCAUCUGCUAAACCGUGAACCGUGUGAUAAUCGACAGUUACAAACGACUUGAACAACAAAUAACCGAUUACCGCCAUGGACAAAUCAAAUUUAACAGACAAGAAUCACACGAAUGUGUAUAAUGUUACGACGAAACCAAAGAAGCCCAAGCGGCGGGACAAGAGCGAUUUGGGCCCGGAUUUUGUGGCUCCAGAUGGCGGCUGGGGCUGGGUGGUGUGCCUGGCGGCCGGAUUGAAUAACUUCUUCUUGUUCCCGGCCCUGCAGCAGUACGGCUUGAUCUACAGAGUGCGGAUGCAUGGCCUGGGAUUCGAUGCCAAACAGACGACAACAAUUGUGAAUGUGGUGAUGGCCGUGUCCUCACUAGUCGGUAUCGUUAAUGGAGCCAUGUUCAGGCGCUUCACGUUCCGUCAGGUGGCCCUCACGGGCACGAUCCUGGGCUUUUCGGGGAUCUUUCUGACGGCCUUCUGCACCACCUUCUGGCAGUACAUCGUCUGCCUGUCGGCGAUAUAUGGCAUUGGCCUGGGCCUGGCCAUGGCUGCCACCUCGCUGGCCGUCAACACCUACUUCAAGCAGCGGCGUCGUCGUGCCACCGGCUUCUCCUGGACCAUCACGGGACUGGGGCCUAUUUUCUUUCCGUAUGUGUCCACCUGGCUGUUGGGCUUCUACGGGGCACAGGGCACCAUCUUGAUCUACUCUGGCAUCGCCAUGAAUGCCGUACUGUGCGCCUUGACCCUGCAGCCGGUGCUGCGGCAUGUGAAGAAGCCAAAGACCGCGUCCACCGAAGGACUGGACUCGGCCAAGGAUCAUCCCGAGACGGCGGAGGCCAAUGGGAAUCUGCUGACGCCCGGCAGCGAUCCCUGGAUCGACUACGAGUGCAAGUACUGUCAGUACCAGAAGCGUGCCAAGCGUGGCAUCUUCUCCUCGCAGUAUCUCUUCAAUGUGGACGAUCCGGAGCGUCCGGGCUACGAGAUCACAGAGCCGGGAACCCCCAUGCUGGCCCGCGCCAAUGACGGGUGGUUCGGCUCGAAGCUGUCGCUCACCGCGGAUCAGGGGACGGGUGGCGCACGCUUACGCACGCGGAGGGAGCUGAUGCGACAGGUGUCGUCGCGCAGCCGCGAGAAUCUCGAUCGCCUGGAGACGAGCCGGACGGACGAGACGCAAGAGCAGGGCCUCUAUAAGCCGAACUACUUCAAUCGGGAGCGCGAGGACCAGGAGCGGUAUACCAGCAAGACGAGCGUCUACUCGAAGAACGGCCAGGAGGAGCUGCUGCGAUGCACCUGCGCCGAGGACAAGGCCCUGCUGCAGAAGACCGCCGAGGCCAUGCGACUGGAGCAGAUGGACGACCAGGCCCUGCAGGCCGAGGAGGAUGAGGCCAUGAGCCGCAUGACCUUCUUCCAGAAGGUCAGCAAGUUCUUCGAUCUGGACCUGCUGCGCGACUUCACCUUCGUGAAUCUGGCCGUGGGCAUGAGCAUCAUGAUGUUCGGCGAGAUGAACUUCUCGGUGCUGACGCCCUUCAUUCUGAAUAGCUUCGGGUAUUCGGACACACAGAUCUCCCUGGUGAUGUCCCUGCUGGCCUGCAUGGACAUCUCCGUGCGAUUCCUGGCCCCGCUGGCCCUCGAGAAGGUGAAGCUCGACAACCGGGUGCUGUUUGCCUUUGGGAUCCUCUGCAUUGCCGUCGGCCGUGUGGUUGUGGCAUUCACCAACUCCUACGAGGUGAUGAUCGGUGUGUUCUUGCUGAUAGGUUUCGGCAAGGGUUUCCGCACCAUUUUCUCGCCCCUGAUCAUUCCCAGCUACGUGCCGCUCAAUCGCUUGCCCGCCGCCUCGGGUCUCCAGCUGAUCUUCAAUACAAUGUUCUCCUUUGCCAUGGGUCCUCUUUUGGGCAUUAUCACGGAGGCCUUUGGCUAUGCCGCCACCAUUCAUUCCAUCAAUUUCCUCACCGCUAUGGCCCUGCUCCUCUGGCUCACGGAAUCGAUUGUCCGUCGCGUCCUGAAGCGACCGUCGAAGGGGCUGGGUCAGUGAUGUCCGGCCGAUCCUAUUCUAAAAUGUGUUUAAACUCACUCUCUCUCGUCGGAACUGAAACUACUUGGCCAUCCACACAUCCAUCCAUCCAUCCAUCCAUACCCAGUGGUACCACACUUGGCCUGGGCCCCUACCUAGAUGUUAUUUAAGAUCGAGUGUGUCUCUGUGUGUGAGCAUAGUAUUACGUUGAUUGAGCAUACGGUAUAGUUGCAGGCCGUACUUAAAGAUACCUAAGAUAAAAUAUACAAGAUACAAUAUAUAUAUAUAUAUACAUAUAUGUAUAUAUACAUAAUUGUAUUACCCCUAAACAAAUGAAAAAUUCCCAUCAUAUCCCACCACCAUAUCAUGUAGUCUUUCAUUUAGUCAUUUUUUU